AGUCGGCCCCGACGGCCAAUCGCGCGGCCCGGGGGCGGGGCCGGUCACGCGGCGGCGGCGGGGGGCGCGGCGCCGGCUGCUGACCGGCACGCGGCGGGCCUCGAGACUGCGCGCGGGCGGCCCAGGGGGCGAGCUGCUGUUCGCGGGGCCAAGGGCGGGGGCGGCAGGUGAGUGCGCGGCCGGGCGGGAGUUCUGGGAGCCCGCGCGCGGCAGAGGAGCCCCGUGAGCCCUGCCCUCGGUACUGGGGGCCCCCGGAACGUGGCACUUCCGAGCUACCCGCCUCCCCGGGCCCCAGCCCUCGGCGCGCGGGCCGGACUCCUGAAAGUCGAGCGAGCUCCGGGUUUUGGAAAUGCUGGAGGGAAAAGCUCCUCGGAGAUGAGCUUGACCCCCUGGCUCGUGGUGGCCGCCUGUUCUCACUAACGCCAUGGCGGGGACCGGAGUGAGAAACCGGUGUCUGUCGCUUACUGCAAAGUGAGCGAGAAGCAGGCUGCGGGCCGUCCCAGCACGACGUGGAGCCCCGCGGAGACCUCGAGAUGCCUCGCGGGGAAGCUCCUGGCCCUGGGAGACGGGGGGCUGAGGACGAGGCCCUGGGCGAAGAAUCGGGGGAGCGGUGGAGCCCCGAGUUCCAUCUGCAGAGGAAAUUGGCAGACAGCAGCCACAGUGAACAGCAAGAUCGAAACAGAGUUUCUGAAGAACUUAUCAUGGUUGUCCAAGAAAUGAAAAAAUACUUCCCCUCGGAGAGACGCAAUAAACCAAGCACUCUAGAUGCCCUCAACUAUGCUCUCCGCUGUGUCCACAGCGUGCAAGCAAACAGUGAGUUUUUCCAGAUUCUCAGUCAAAAUGGAGCACCUCAGGCAGAUGUGACCAUGUACAGUCUUGAGGAGCUGGCCACUGUUGCUUCAGAACACACUUCCAAAAACACAGAUACCUUUGUGGCAGUAUUUUCAUUUCUGUCUGGAAGGUUAGUGCACAUUUCUGAACAGGCUGCUUUGAUCCUGAAUCAUAAGAAAGAUGUCCUGGCGUCUUCUCACUUUGUUGACCUGCUUGCACCUCAAGACGUGAGGGUGUUCUAUGAGCACACUGCCAGAGCUCAGCUUCCUUUCUGGAACAACUGGCCCCAAAGAGCAGCUGCACGGUAUGAAUGUGCUCCGGUGAAACCUUUUUUCUGCAGGAUCCGUGGAGGUGAAGACAGAAAGCAAGAGAAGCGUCACUCCCCAUUCCGGAUCAUCCCCUAUCUGAUUCAUGUACAUCGCCCUGCCCAGCCACAAUCGGAAUCGGAACCCUGCUGUCUCACUGUGGUUGAAAAGAUUCACUCUGGUUAUGAAGCACCUCGGAUCCCGGUGAAUAAAAGAAUCUUCACCACAACACACACCCCAGGGUGUGUUUUUCUUGAAGUAGAUGAAAGAGCAGUGCCUUUGCUGGGUUACCUACCUCAGGACCUGAUCGGAACAUCGAUCCUAAGCUACCUGCACCCUGAAGAUCGUUCUCUGAUGGUUGCCAUACACCAAAAAGUCUUGAAGUAUGCAGGGCAUCCUCCCUUUGAACAUUCUCCCAUUCGAUUUUGUACUCAAAACGGAGACUACAUCAUACUGGAUUCGAGUUGGUCCAGCUUUGUGAAUCCCUGGAGCCGGAAGGUUUCUUUCAUCAUUGGUCGGCAUAAAGUUCGAACGAGCCCACUAAAUGAGGAUGUUUUUGCUACCAAAAUUAAAAAGAUGAACAAUAAUGACAAAGACAUAACAGAAUUACAAGAACAAAUUUACAAACUUCUCUUACAGCCAGUUCACGUGAGCGUGUCCAGUGGCUACGGGAGCCUGGGGAGCAGCGGGUCGCAGGAGCAGCUUGUCAGCAUCGCCUCCUCCAGUGAGGCCAGCGGGCACUGCGUGGAGGAGACGAAGGCGGAGCAGAUGACCUUGCAGCAGGUCUAUGCCAGUGUGAACAAAAUUAAGAAUAUGGGUCAGCAGCUCUACAUUGAGUCAAUGACCAAAUCAUCAUUCAAGCCAGUGACGGGGACGUGCACAGAACCGAAUGGUGGUGGUGAGUCAGCGAAUGGUGGUGGUGAGUCAGCGAAUGGUGGUGGUGAAUGUAAAACCUUUACUUCCUUCCACCAAACACUGAAAAAUAAUAGUGUGUACACUGAGCCCUGUGAGGAUUUGAGGAACGAUGAGCACAGCCCAUCCUAUCAACAGAUCAACUGUAUCGACAGUGUCAUCAGAUAUCUGAAGAGCUACAACAUUCCAGCUUUGAAAAGAAAGUGUAUCUCCUGUACAAAUACAACUUCUUCCUCCUCAGAAGAAGACAAACAGAACCACAAGGCAGAUGAUGUCCAAGCCUUACAAGCGGGUUUGCAAAUCCCAGCCAUACCUAAAUCAGAAAUGCCAACAAAUGGACGGUCCAUAGACACAGGAGGAGGAGCUCCACAGAUCCUGUCCACGGCGAUGCUGAGCUUGGGGUCGGGCAUAAGCCAGUGCGGUUACAGCAGCACCAUUGUCCAUGUCCCACCCCCAGAGACAGCCAGGGAUGCCACCCUCUUCUAUGAGCCCUGGACCGUGAACAUGCAGCCAGCCCCUUUGACCUCGGAAGAAUUUAAACACGUGGGGCUCACAGCGGCUGUUCUGUCAGCGCACACCCAGAAGGAAGAGCAGAAUUAUGUUGAUAAAUUCCGAGAAAAGAUCCUGUCAUCACCCUACAGCUCCUAUCUCCAGCAAGAAAGCAGGAGCAAAGCUAAAUAUUCAUAUUUUCAAGGAGAUUCUACUUCCAAGCAGACGCGGUCGGCCGGCUGCAGGAAAGGGAAGCACAAGCGGAAGAAGCUGCCGGAGCCGCCGGACAGCAGCAGCUCGAACGCGGGCUCUGGUCCCCGCAGGGGAGCGCAUCAGAACGCACAGCCCUGCUGCCCCUCCGCGGCCUCCUCUCCGCACACCUCGAGCCCGACCUUCCCACCUGCCGCCAUGGUGCCCAGCCAGGCCCCUUACCUCGUCCCAGCUUUUCCCCUCCCAGCCGCGACCUCUCCCGGAAGAGAAUACGCAGCCCCCGGAACUGCACCGGAAGGCCCGCAUGGGCCGCCCUUGCCCGAGGGCCUGCAGCCUUACCCAGCUUUCCCUUUUCCUUACUUGGAUACUUUUAUGACCGUUUUCCUGCCUGACCCCCCGGUCUGUCCUCUGUUGUCGCCAUCGUUCUUUCCAUGUCCAUUCCUGGGGGCGACAGCCUCUUCUGCGAUAUCACCCUCAAUGUCGUCAGCAAUGAGUCCAACCCUGGACCCACCCCCUUCAGUCGCCAACCAAAGGAGAGAGGAGGAAAAGUGGGAGGCACAAAGCGAGGGGCACCCGUUCAUUACUUCGAGAAGCAGCUCACCCUUGCAGUUGAACUUACUUGAGGAAGAGAUGCCCAGACCCUCUGGAUCUCCAGAUCAGAUGAGAAGGAACAUGUGCCCACAAGCUAAGUAUCAGUGUGUUACAGGCAACAAUGGCAGUGAGAGCAGUCCUGCCACUACCGGUGCACUGUCCACGGGGUCACCUCCCAGGGAGAAUCCAUCCCAUCCUACUGCCAGCACACUGUCCAUGGGAUUGCUUCCCAGCAGGACUCCAUCCCAUCCUGCUGCCAGUGUUCUGUCCAUGGGGUCACCUCCCAGCGAAUCUCCAUCCAGAACUGGUUCAGCAGCAUCAGGAAGCAGCGACAGCAGUAUAUACUUUACUAGUAGUGUUUAUUCUUCUAAAAUCUCCCAAAAUGGGCAGCAAUCUCAGGACGUACAGAAAAAAGAAACAUUUCCUAAUGUCGCCGAAGAGCCCAUCUGGAGAAUGAUACGGCAGACACCUGAGCGUAUUCUCAUGACAUACCAGGUACCUGAGAGGGUUAAAGAAGUUGUACUAAAAGAAGACCUGGAAAAGCUAGAAAGUAUGAGGCAGCAGCAGCCCCAGUUUUCUCAUGGGCAAAAGGAGGAGCUGGCUAAGGUGUAUAAUUGGAUUCAAAGCCAGACUAUCACUCAAGAAGUCGACAUUCAAGCCUGUGUCACUUGUGAAAAUGAAGAUUCAGCUGAUGGUGCAGCCACAUCCUGUGGUCAGAUUCUGGUAGAAGACAGCAGUUGAGUGACUGUGAGGAUGAACCUUCGUACCCUUUCCGAGACGUGUUACACAUACAGACCUUUUUAAGUCCUGGACUUUUAAAUGACCAUGAAGUUAUCAUUGAAUGUUAAGAUUUUUUCUUCUUGAUUUUUUAAUACACAUAAUCUUUUUGAAGCAGACAUUGUAUACAAAAUCUUACUUCUCUUUGUUCCUGAUAUAUUAAAAUGGCCAGUUAGGCUCUUUUUAUAGUUGAAUUGUCUUCUAAAGAGAUUGGAUGGCCUCUAAAGAGGUAUGUGUAUCUUUAUUUCAGAUGUCACCCAGAGUAAAUUAUAAUUAGAAGUAUAGCUAGAAUGAGCCCCAAACCUUAGCCUCAUUUAUUUUGUUCUGUUACGUAAGUCAUUUUCCCCUUAGAGUGCUUGAAUAAAUCCCACCUACAGGUUGUAUCCUUUUCAUAAUGGUUUCCAUGAAUGUAGUACGUUCAUAUAGGCUUCAUUCAACCUGGCGUUCCCCUCCAUAAUUAAGAUAAAACAUUCCGGUUUUCUCACAACACAUUAGCACAUACUGUCCAUUAGCAUAUCUGGGAUAAUCAGGUUUUGGGGGUUGAGUUUUGGCCUUCAUCUUUGUAGAUCCCUUUUCUAUUGAUUUCCCACCUUCCGGUGAGAUUCUUGAAAGUCUUAUCUUAAAAAUCGAUCCGCUUACCAUGGGUCUAUUCUUGUGAGAGUUUCAGUUAGCAUUUGCAUGUGUAAUAUUAAAAUGAAAGAGCUUCUUACUCACCCAGUGCUGUUGCUCUUUUGAAUAUUUUUGUUUUUAAAAUAAUGAUUGUAAAAAGUUUUACAAGUAAUGUAAAAGCUAGUAUCAUUCUUACAUACUUCUGUGUUUAAAUUUUCAUUCUUACCGAAACAGUUAACUCUUUCUUUCCAAUCAAUUUAUACAAAAGAGGUCGCUCCAGCCCUACCACAGGUCUGAUUGGCACUGCCUUUUGUUUGCCCUUGAACAGGGCAGUGUCGUGGGGACUGCAAAAGAGAAAACGUCCAGGCGAGCCCAGUUGUCCUCGCCCACGGGGCCCUGCAGGCUCCAUCAGUCACUGCUUUCUAUGGCGUUUGUAGUUGUGUCUUUUAAGAAGUGAGUGUGAUUGUUUACUUGAUAAAUCAGCUCACUCUCUGGUGCUCUUUAGAGAAGUCCCUGAUUCCUUCUUAAACUUGGAAUGAUACAUGAAAUUCACACCCCUGCAGAUCAGAAAAAACAAAUAGAAGAAAAUGAAGGUUACAGUAACCUUUUGUCUUUAUAUAACUUGCAACAAACUAACUUAUUUUUUUUUUCCUUUUUUUGUUUUUGUUUUUUUAUGGUUUUUUAAGGAAAAUACUUCUUUCUCCUUUGAAGUUUUACAGCUUUUUGUAAAUGCGUCUUGAUAAUGAUUAGGAAAAUCGACCUUUUCAUCCAUGAUGACUAUCCUCAUAGCUCAGAUUUCCUUUCAAAGUAGUGGUUUUCUGGAUGGUAAUUCCAUCUUAAGGUGUCAGAACUAUUUUCAAAUGCUGCCUUUGACAGUUCUUGGAAUUUUCUAACAUUAAGCAGUUCCAUGCAAAUAUUCCUGUUUUAUAGAUAGCUCUCAUAGUCUGCUCCAUCUUGAUAGUUAAGUGAUUUCUGAAGCGUUUGUGUGUGUGUUGAUCAGGUUGUGUGAUAUUUUUGCUUGAUAAAUAAUAAAAUUUUAAACAAUUAACCAGCCAGUAGAUUGUCUGUCAGUGACCUUCUGUAGUAAUAAAGUUUUUGCCAAUGUAAAUAAAAACGGUAUCUGUAGCUAUCAGUAUCAUUGCGCAUUCAUAUAUGCUAAGCCUUAUGUUCUCUAAUAGAAGCCUUUCUUUUCCAUUGUGUCUGGAUAUUUGUAUUAUCCAAAUGUGCUUAUUUCUUUGCCUUAGCACACAUUUUAUGGAGUACUUGUUAUACUAGGUUUGAUUUGAAACUGGUGCUUGUCACAGAACUGUCAGAGCAUGAGGAGCGCUCCUCCUGUGGGUGGACGCGUUGACGCACUCACAGGUUGCACCUGCUGCUGGCGGUGAGCAGGGGUCUCAGCAGCUUGACCACCGCCCCCCGAGGGGGCUCUCCCCAGCUUAAACUUUGUUGUUUAAAUUUGUUAACUUUUUAUAUUAAUGACUAUUGAAAGUGGUAAUAAAAAUUUAUAUUACAGGCUUCAAUGUUUACAUGAAUGUUACCCAAAACUGUGUUUUCUUUGGUCAGAGGUCAAGAUUUAUGACAAAGAAGAUGCUGUAUGAAUGGAAAUCAUUUUGCAAUUGAGUGAAACUUCAUUGUAAUUCACAGUGUAAAUUUAAUCCAAACUGAGAUUUUGUUUCAACUGAAUUUAUAAUUAACUCUGAAUUUGUUUUUAAUCAUUAGUAAUAUUUCAAUUGGGUAUCUUUUUAAGUAAAAACAACAAAUAAACUCUGUACAUGUAAAACGUGAGAAA